GAGCUACGGCGUGCGGACUGUGUGAUCACGUGUUACCCGUUUGCCCGUGACGUCACGAAAUCCAGUGCUCGUCUCCGACGGAUCGGGAGCGCGGAUCGUGCAGGCGGCGUGGGAGAGAUCGGUGAGGAGGAGGUCAGUUCUCUAUAGGUGACCAUGGUGAAAGCAAACAGCAUAGAUGGCGGCAGUGCCAGCUGUAGCAGCACGGACACUUCCAAGGAGAGCUCCCGAUGUUCCACCCCAGUGCACGACAUGGAGCGGCACGAGCGGCUUCGGGAUAAAAUGCGUCGGCGCAUUGAGGCCGGAGACAAGUGGUUCUCACUGGAGUUCUUCCCACCACGAACGGCCAGCGGUGCCGUCAACCUCCUCUCCAGGUUUGAUCGGAUGGGUUCUGGGGGCCCUCUCUUCAUCGAUGUGACCUGGCACCCCGCAGGAGACCCCGGCUCGGAAAAAGACACCUCCUCAAUGGUCAUUGCCAGUACAGCUGUGAAUUUCUGUGGGCUGGAAACUGUCCUGCACAUGACGUGUUGUGACCAAACCAGGGAGGAGAUUACGAGACACCUCCAGAAGGCAAAACGCAACGGGCUGAAAAAUAUAAUGGCUCUUCGCGGGGAUCCCGUUGGUGAGGAGUGGGAGGAAGAAGCAGGAGGCUUUAAUUACGCUGUGGAUUUAGUGAAGCAUAUCCGCAAUGAAUUUGACGACUACUUUGACAUCUGCGUUGCUGGUUAUCCUAAAGGGCACCCCGAUGCUAAGAGCUAUGAGGAGGAUCUCCAACACCUGAAGGAGAAGGUGGAUGCCGGAGCCGACUUUAUAAUUACUCAGCUUUUCUUCCGGUCGGAGACCUUCCUUCAGUUCCUGAAAGAUUGCAGAGCCAUCGGCAUCACGUGUCCAAUCCUGCCGGGAAUAUUUCCAAUCCAGGGUUAUGGUUCCUUACGGCAGCUGGUUAAACUCUCCAAACUUGAGGUACCGCAAGAAAUCAAGGAUGUCAUUGAGCCCAUCAAAGACAAUGACGCCGCCAUCAGGAAUUACGGUAUCGACCUUGUUGUCUCCAUGUGCCGGGAGCUGCUGGACAGUGGCCUGGUGCACGGGUUACACUUCUAUACUCUCAACCGGGAAGUGGCCACCAUCGAGGUGCUCAGACGGCUGGGCUUAUGGCAGGAGGACCCCAGACGCCCCCUGCCCUGGGCAGUGAGUGCUCAUCCCAAGAGGCGAGAAGAAGACGUCCGUCCGAUCUUCUGGGCCUCGCGACCUAAGAGUUACAUUCACAGGACCCAGGAGUGGGACGACUUCCCCAAUGGACGUUGGGGAAACUCGUCCUCCCCGGCCUUCGGCGAGCUGAAGGAUUAUUACCUCUUCUACUUGAAGAGCAAGUCCCCUCGGGACCAGUUACUGAAGAUGUGGGGGGAGGAACUGAGCAGCGAGGAGAGCGUCUAUGAGGUGUUUACCUGUUACAUAACGGGGAGCGCUAACCAGAACGGCCAAAAGGUGACUUGUCUCCCUUGGAAUGACGACCCUCUCGCUCAAGAAACCAAUUUGUUAAAGGACCAAUUGGAAAAGGUUAAUAAAAGAGGAAUCCUGACCAUAAACUCCCAGCCUAACGUGAAUGGGAAGCCCUCCACAGACCCCAUAGUGGGCUGGGGGCCGAGCCGAGGCUAUGUCUUUCAGAAGGCAUACUUGGAGUUCUUUACAUCCAGCGAGAUGGUGACGGCGCUCAUCAAAGUGCUGAAGAGAUACGAGCCACGUGUCAACUACCAUAUAGUGAACGUACAGGGUAAAAACAUCACAAACUCCACCGACCUGCAGCCAAAUGCUGUGACCUGGGGCAUAUUUCCUGGGCGUGAGAUCAUACAACCAACAGUGGUGGAUCCAGUCAGCUUCAUGUACUGGAAGGAUGAAGCUUUUGCCCUAUGGAUCGAGCAGUGGGCUAAACUGUAUGAAGAGGAGUCUCCGUCCCGCAUGAUCAUCCAGUACAUUCAUGAUAACUACUACUUGGUGAAUUUGGUGGACAAUGACUUCCCCCUGGAGAACUGUCUGUGGCAGGUGAUCGAGGAUACGUUCCAAGAACACGAUAAUCCCUCUGAGCAGUGACUGUGAGACCAUCUUACGCUUACUACCUCUUGGAAUACAGACGCGCUGUGGGCCACAAGUCCACCCCGCUGCCCGCACAGUGCGGUAUGGUGGUCUGAUCCACGGCUAUGCAUUUAUCUCCAUACCCCCUUUACAGGCAUUAAUCCUGUAUGACACUACUGUGUGAAGUCCCACAAUAUAACUGAAUGAAAUGAAUACUAGGAGCUGUGUAUACGGUUUACAUGAACGGCUGCGGUCUCCAGUUUCUAUUUUUAUAGCAGCUUUCUGAAGACUUUUUAUAUCCUCAUCCUCCUUUCCUGUAUAUAGAAAGGAUGUAGAAUAAGCUCGAUACAUAGGAUACUGUUCAUUCCAUUGACAUUACUGAACCCAGAGGAUCAUGGGAAAACGGAAGGAUCUGUAUACAGACACUGGCAGUAAUGUCUCUGGGCUACUGAUGGAGCAGUCUAUCCGUCCUGUGGGUGCAAUAGACGCCUGGAGGUCUCUUCUCAUAUAAGAUGAAUUUCAUAUAGGAAACUUACCAGGAAUCGCUUUUUAUGUUCUUAUGUUUAGAGAACUAUUAUAUAUUUUUAUUGAGUUAUAAAGACGACUGUGAAUAGA